AUGGUGAGCACACCAUCUCCUUCCACAUCUUUUCAACGGAAAGAAAGUAUUAGUGGUAAGGAGCUGGAGCAACUGAUGACCAAGGAGCCCCAAUCUAUGUGCAUACUGGAUUGUCGCGAAGGAGGAUCUGCCAUUCGGAGCGCGAAUAGAGUCCGACUUCCAAAGGUUUUAUUCCGGCGUUUGGUUAACUGCUCGCUAUCAUUAUCCACUUUAUCACCACGUCUAAAUGAUGCUGACGUCAAAGUGGUAAUUGUACCAGAACAUGGUUCAGAUGCUGAUACUUAUAAUGCGCUCUCGAAUGCACUUCGGAGAGCCAAUAUUAGUUAUAGAGUUCUAGACGAUCCCGUUGAAGCAGUGCUUUCGUCGUUUCCGCUAUUACGAGUUGACGAAGAUCGACCCAAUGUUCGAUCAGCUGGCGAUGUAGGAUGUCUUAAUCUGAACGCUCUCCGUAUUGAACCUGCUGGUGCACCACCUUCUACCGAUAAGCGGCAAGUGUUCCCUGUAAAAAUCCUUCCUCACCUGUUACUUGGCAACUAUGAAACGGCCAGUGAUGCCAAAGUUUUGGAACGCAACAGUGCACAUUAUAUUAUCAAUGUGACUUCCAAUCUUCCGAACACGUUCGAAGACAAUCCGGCCUACCAUUACUUGCGAAUCUCUGUUGACGAUAAUAGCUCCCAUAAUCUUUCACAGUAUUUUCCUGAAGCAAUUGCUUUCAUAGAUGCAGCAGCACGUGCUGGUGACGCAUGUCUUGUGCAUUGCCUCGCGGGAAUUUCGCGCAGUGUCACAAUUUGCCUGGCUUAUCUAAUGGCCAAAAACAAAUGGAGCUUGGAAGACGCGUAUGACCUGGUAUUGCGCAGAAAUGCGAGUAUCGCUCCCAAUUUUCAUUUUAUGGGACAACUCACUGAAUACGAGAGGCACUUGGGUGUACGGAAUGCCAGUGUGGGGACCUAUCCUUCCAUACCACCGCUGUCCCCAUCCUGCUCUGCACAAGCUGCUGUUGCGUCGGGCCUGCUCACUCCUCCUCCCACUAGCUGUUCCACGUCUCCGCAGAGUUCUGCUCAUUCGGCGAAAAGUUUCGAGUAA